CGAAAAUACCAAAAUCACGCAUACGCAGUGGUCACACUGCAAGUCGGGGGAAAAAAAAAGAAGAAGCCGAUUUCGCAUAAUUAAACGCGUUUUAAUUAAGUAAAGCUGUUUUUAUCGCACAACCACCUCACAGAGAUAACAUGGCUGCUUCAAUGAGGGCGCUGCUGAAAGUGCGAGAUGGCUUCGUUGCCGGCGUGCGCUGCAAUUCGCAGUACAACAAGACCCGCGGCAACCUGAAGCUGAACGGCGACUCGCGGGUGAUCUGCCAGGGAUUCACCGGCAAGCAGGGCACGUUCCACAGCCAACAGGCUCUGGAGUACGGCACCAAGCUGGUCGGCGGCAUUUCCCCGAAGAAGGGCGGCACCCAGCACUUGGGCCUGCCCGUCUUCGCCUCGGUGGCGGAGGCCAAGAAGGCCACCGAUCCACAUGCCACCGUCAUCUAUGUGCCACCCCCAGGAGCGGCGGCCGCCAUCAUCGAGGCCCUGGAGGCGGAGAUCCCCCUGAUCGUGUGCAUCACGGAGGGCGUGCCGCAGCACGACAUGGUGAAGGUGAAGCACGCCCUCAUCAGCCAGAGCAAGUCGCGAUUGGUGGGGCCCAACUGCCCGGGAAUCAUCGCACCCGAACAGUGCAAGAUCGGCAUCAUGCCGGGUCACAUUCACAAGCGCGGUAAGAUCGGCGUGGUCUCCCGGUCGGGAACCCUGACCUACGAGGCCGUGCACCAGACCACCGAGGUCGGCCUGGGCCAGACCCUCUGCGUGGGCAUUGGCGGUGAUCCGUUCAACGGCACCGACUUCAUCGACUGCCUGGAGGUCUUCCUCAAGGAUCCUGAGACCAAGGGCAUCAUCCUGAUCGGCGAGAUCGGAGGCGUGGCCGAGGAGAAGGCUGCCGACUACCUGACCGAGUACAAUUCGGGCAUCAAGGCCAAGCCUGUGGUCUCGUUCAUUGCCGGCGUGUCGGCGCCACCCGGCCGUCGCAUGGGCCACGCUGGAGCCAUCAUUUCGGGCGGCAAGGGAGGUGCCAACGACAAGAUCGCCGCCCUGGAAAAGGCCGGCGUCAUUGUGACCAGGAGUCCUGCCAAAAUGGGCCACGAGCUCUUCAAGGAGAUGAAGCGUCUGGAGUUAGUGUAAAUAAACUAGAAAGGCCAUAACCAAAACGGAAUCCUUACGCCGAUCAAAGCGUAUACGCAAAAACUCAUGAUGAUGAACCUAAAGUUAAGCUAAAAGUGUCGAACAUCGAUAUUGAAUUCGAGAGAACCCAAAUAAAUUAUUGUGAAAACGAAUAACGACAGGCGUGUGACAUGUAUUCCAAGAAUUAAGUUAACUACUGCCGAAACACCACCAAGUUGAACUAAAGUAACUCGCACCGAAACGAAAAUUGAAACGUUGUUAAUGCACUCGGCUCAUAAAGUUAGUUUUGCCAACAGAAGAUUUUUGCCUUAAUUUAAAAUACCUGCUCGAAAUAUCAAUGCGAAUUGUAUCUGAAUGUGUAAUAAAUAUGCAUAAAAAUGGGAAAGUUGUGCUGAAGA